UGGAGUUAGGGAGGCAAGGGAUGGACAUGGACUUCCUGGGCCGGGCUCUGUCACUGCACAGUAGACUCUGUCCUGGGACUUGGUGGUGCUACCCUUGGUCUCCCACAGUCCUGCCACCCUGCCGCCGCCACCAUGCUGCCCCCUGGGACUGCGAUCCUCUUGACUCUGCUUCUGGCAGCUGGCUCGCUGGGCCAGAGGCCUCAGAGGCCACCCCGGCCCCCAUCCCCCAUCAGCACAAUCCAGCCCAAGGCCAAUUUUGAUGCUCAGCAGUUUGCAGGGACCUGGCUCCUUGUGGCUGUCGGCUCUGCCUGCCGUUUCCUGCAGGAGCAGGGCCACCGGGCCGAGGCCACCACACUGCACGUGGCUCCCCAGGGCAAAGCCAUGGCUGUCAGCACCUUCCGAAAGCUGGAUGGGAUCUGCUGGCAGGUGCGCCAGCUCUAUGGAGACACAAGGGUCCUCGGCCGCUUCCUGCUUCAAGCCCGAGGCGCCCGAGGGGCUGUGCAUGUGGUUGUCGCUGAGACCGACUACCAGAGUUUCGCUGUCCUGUACCUGGAGCGGGCGGGGCAGCUGUCAGUGAAGCUCUAUGCCCGCUCACUCCCUGUGAGCGACUCCGUCCUGAGUGGGUUUGAGCAGCGGGUCCGGGAGGCCCACCUGACUGAGGACCAGAUCUUCUACUUCCCCAAGUAUGGCUUCUGUGAGGCUGCAGACCAGUUCCACGUCCUGGACGAAGUGAGGAGGUGAGGCUGGCGUGCAGCUCCAGUGCUGAGAAGUCAGUGCCCUGAGAGAUGACCCCGCCGGUGGGGUGCCUGCUGCCCAUCCUCUGUGAGCCCCCAGCCUCAGAUCAGGGCCCUGACACCUGGGGCGGGGGAUAUUCUGCCAGCUGCCGCAGAGGACAGUGGGUGGAGAGGUACCUUAUUAAAUGUUUCAGACCCC